AACAAUCAACCGCAGUACUGGCCAAUAUGGCAGCCAAAUCACAACGAGCAUCAGAACAAGAAGUUCGCUCGUGGGGAUUCCCCCACGUCUUUACUUGGACUGAUGGACCGAACGCCUACUACAGUCCACACUCUCACCGCGGCCUGACAACACACCUCAUUCUCAAAGGCCAGUUAACCAUUACCUUUCCUAAGGGCGAGACCCCCGAGAAGAAGACUUAUACUGUUGGCGACCGAGUGGAUGUAGAAGCAGGACGAGUCCACGAAGUCUGGAUGGGUUCAGAAGGCUGUACAUACGUUAUUGGAGAAUGA